AUGGCACACGCGUUUCUGCUCCUGCUGGUCACCGUUGUGGCCCUCGCCAACGGCCAGGUAGACGAGGUAUUAAAAUGGCAGAAGGUGGAGUACGAUGUGCCAGCGGAAGUGUUGCAGCGUGAAAAUGGUUACAUACCGAUCGGAAACAUUCCGAUGGGUGCCGUCCAUCACAAGAACCGGGUGUUUGUGGCCGUAGCACGCCGUCGCUGGGGUAUCCCGUCGACGCUAAACGUGGUCGACAUUGCACCACCGUUCCCCAACACGAACGUUGUCCUGAAGCCGUAUCCUAACUUUGCACUCAACGAACUACGGGCGGAUCUGCAACCGGACGAGAAUCGUAUCGUAACGGUUUACCGUCCACGUGUCGAUCGCUGUGAUCGGUUGUGGUUUGUCGAUACGGGCAUGAUGGAAAUCCCCGGUAAUUUUACCAUCGUACAAAGGCCCUCCGUAUGGUCGAUCGAUCUUACCACCAACCAGCCAAUCCAUCGUUUCGAAAUACCCAAGGAAGCAGUCGAAACCGGGUACGGUUUAACGUCCAUCACGCUCGACGUUGAUCCGACCGACUGCGAGAAGGUGUUCGUUUACAUUUCCGACCUGCAAACCUACCGCAUGGUAGUGUACGACUAUGCGAACCGACGUGCGUGGCGCUUCCUGCACAACUACUUCUUCCUGAACCCGGUCGAGGGUGACUACAACAUCCAGGGCAUUAACUUUGCCUGGGACGAUGGUAUCUUCUCGAUCGCGCUCGGCAAUCCGGAUCCGGUCACCAAGUUCCGCACAGCCUAUUUCCACGCACUGUCCAGCAACUCCGAGUUUACCGUGUCGACGGAAGUGCUGCGCAACGAGACGGCUUCCCAGCGGUCCUGGCACGGGACGGACUUUAAGCUGCUCGGGUACCGCGGCAGCAAGUCCCAGUCAAGCAUACACGCGUUCGAUCGCGAAACGGGUGUAAUCUUUUUCGCCCUGAUCCAGCAGAACGCGAUCCUGUGCUGGGACUCGAACAAACCGUUCGCACCACAAAACAUGGCGAUUGUGUACAAGAACGAUCGCGACAUUGUUUAUCCCAAUGAUCUGUCGAUCGAUCAAAACGGUUACGUAUGGUUCAUGACGAACUCGAUCAUUAAGCUACUCUAUGCCCAGCUGAAUUUGGACGAGUUUAACUUCUUCGUGUGGCGUGCCAAUAUUAAGCAAAUCAUCAAGGGUACCGUUUGUGAUCCGGCCAAUCCGCCGAACGUGCAUUCCGGACAGCGGUUCGGUGACGAGUACAACAAUGAUCGCGUAACGUUCUACGAGUUCAAGGACAAGCACGGACCGGGCGGUGGUCCAUACGGUGGCUGGGGGCACGGCCCAAGUCGUCCCGGUCGACGACCGUGAACGAGGUUCCAAAACGGUUUCACU